AUGGAUAAUCCGGAAUCAAGUGUACCAAAUGAGAAACACAAUGCAGCUCCAGUACCUUCAGAAAGUAUGAUGCAAUUGGCUACUGCUAUAGCACAGGUGAUGGGGGAUGCACAGAGUAAGAUGAGUGGAAGUAAAGAAGAAGAAGCAUAUAAGCAUUUGCAGAUGAUUCAUAAGUUGAAGCCUCCGUUGUUCAAAGGAGCUAUGGGACCCCAGGCUGCUGAAGAUUGGAUAAUGAGUGUAGAAAAGAUCUUUGACGGCAUACAGUGUCCGGGAAAUCGAAAGGUAUCUUUGGUUGUGUUUCUGUUUGAGGGAGAAGCAGGGAGAUGGUGGAUUGGACAACAGAGAGAGAAAUUCCAGGGAAAGACAAAUGCUGAGAUCACCUGGGAUGAGUUCACUACAGUGUUUCGGAUGUGGUUUAUACCUCCGUCAACUCAACGAAAAAUGCAGGAAGCUUUUAUGAGAUUGGAACAAGGACGCAGGACAGUGAUGCAGUACGAGGUCGAGUUUACUACAUUUGCGAG